CCUUUAUUUAGUAUACAGAUAUCCGGAAGCCCUACUCUGGAACUGACCGAACGGGAUAGUACUUGGUGUGAUGGAGAGGUGAUGUGCCAGACAGAGAAGUGAAAAGGCCACAGCAGCCAUGACUGAGUGCUUCCUGCCCCCCAGCAGCAGCCCUGCAGAGCAGCGCAGGGCUGAGCACACAGGGGGAGUGGCCCGCACCCCCAGCUCCGAGGAGAUAAGUCCCACAAAGUUCCCAGGCUUGUACCGCACCGGGGAGCCAUCGCCGCCUCAUGAUGGUCACCACCAUGAGCCCCCUGAUGCUUAUGUGUCAGAUGAUGACAAAGAGCACAGCAAGAAGAAGAACAAGUUCAAGAAGAAGGAGAAAAGGACGGAGGGCUACGCAGCCUUCCAGGAAGACAGUUCAGCUGACGAAGCAGAGAGCCCAUCUAAGAUGAAGCGCUCCAAAGGAAUCCAUGUGUUCAAGAAGCCCAGCUUCUCCAAGAAGAAGGAAAAGGACUUCAAGGUGAAGGAAAAGGGCCCCAAGGAAGAAAAGGCCAAGGAUAAGAAAUCUAAAGACCUGACGGCUGCAGAUGUGGUCAAACAGUGGAAGGAGAAGAAGAAGAAGAAGAAACCGACAACAGAGGCAGAGCCCGUUCCAGUGGAGACCCCUACAUUUAGGCCCAUCUUUGGAGCUCCUCUGGCUGAGGCAGUCAAGAGGACAGCUCUGUAUGAUGGCAUCCAGCUGCCAGCCAUCUUCAGAGAAUGUGUGGACUACAUUGAAAACUAUGGCAUGAAGUGUGAAGGCAUCUACCGAGUCUCAGGUAUGAAGUCAAAGGUGGAUGAAUUAAAAGCAGCAUAUGAUCGCGAAGAGUGCCCCUGCCUGGAGGAGUACGACCCCCACACGGUCGCCAGUCUCCUGAAGCAAUACCUCCGCGAGCUACCGGAGAACCUGCUGGGCCGGGAUCUGGCUCAGCGCUUCGAGGAUGCCUGUGGUCGCCAGGUGGAGGCUGAGAAGGUGACUGAGUUCCAGAGGCUGCUGGCUGAGGUUCCCGCAGAGAGCCGACUAGUUCUCUCUUGGCUCAUCACGCACAUGGACCACGUCAUCAGCAGGGAGGCUGACACAAAGAUGAAUAUUCAGAACAUCUCCAUCGUCCUCAACCCAACCAUACAGAUUGGGAACCGUGUACUUUACAUGUUCUUCACACACGUGAGGGAGCUGUUUGGAGACGUAGUCCUGAAGCCAGUGGUUCGGCCGCUACGUUGGUCCAACAUGGCAACAAUGCCGGCGCUGCCCGAGACUGCUGAAAGCAUCAAGGAAGAGAUCAGAAGACAGGAGUUCCUGCUGAACUGUCUGCACAGGGACCUGCAGGCGGGGGUGAAGAAUCUAUCCAAAGAGGAGCGAUUGUGGGAGGUGCAGAGAAUCCUGACUGCUCUUAAACGUAAACUAAGGGAGGCUAAACGUCAAGAGUGUGAGAGCAAGAUAGCCCAGGAGAUUGCAAGCCUCUCAAAGGAAGAUGUUUCAAAGGAGGAAAUGACAGAAAAUGAAGAGGAAGUCAUUAAUCUCCUCUUAGCACAGGAAAAUGAGAUCCUAACGGAGCAGGAGGAGCUGAUCUCUCUUGAGCAGGUGCUUCGUAGACAGAUCGCAACUGAGAAGGAAGAAAUCGAGAGACUGCGAGGAGAGAUUGCAGACAUACAGAGUCGGCAGCAGGGUCGCAGUGAGACAGAAGAAUAUUCAUCAGACAGUGAAAGUGAGAGUGAAGAUGAGGAGGAGCUGCAGAUGAUCCUGGAAGACCUGCAGAAGCAAAAUGAAGAAUUGGAGAACAAAAACACCCACCUGAACCAGGCCAUCCACGAGGAGCAGGAGGCCAUCUUGGAGCUCCGCGUUCAGCUUCGCCUCCUGCAGAGCCACAAAAUGCAGCAAGAACUGACCGUCCAGCCGCCGGCCGAGCAGGCCCCACCCACUCAGCCGAGCCCGGAGCCCCGCAGUGAGGAGCAAACCAAACGCUCUGUCACUGCUGCAGCUGUAAAUGCAGACGCCACAGCUGCUUCUGUCGCUGCCAACGGAAAGGCAGCUAAGGAUCCAUCAAAACCUUCACCAAACAAAGACAGGAGAGACACCAACAUGUGAGAAGUCUUCUCUCAGUGAUGUAUUUGUUGGCUCUGUGCUGCUGUACGUCAGUUGUCCUGUAGUGUCACUCAUUUUCCACUGGAGAUUAGACUUUGCUGGAGUUCACUGGGAAAAUCAGCUUUACAUUCAAAUCGCUUGAUUCCAAUUUGUAAACAAAAAUAAUCAACAUAGAGUAGCUGCUGUAGUGGACAACUGGCUACUGUUGAGAGACCAGGGGGACCAUAUUAUCAAAUCCACAGUGCCAAGCCUGUAUGAAGGAAGAAUAGGGGUGAAAAAGAGAAAUGAAGGGAUUGCUAGAGCAGGUAAGAGGAUGGAAGUGAGCGUAAGAGAUGGGGGCCAUGUCUGUAUACAAGCUAGAAUUAUUUUUUACUGGUUAAGUCUCAAAAAGGAGACCAGAUGCUUUAAUCUCAGUCCCUGUAUCUCAAUAUGCUCAUUCCUUAGAUGCAACGCUGACAUGUUUGGAUAGAGACCUCUGUGCCAUAACUGAAGAUGCCGGACUGGACACGAUUCCCCUUUAGAACCACUAACACAAGAAGCUCUUUGAAUAAUGAAGAAUUUAUGAUUGGUCUAGCUAUAUAUUAUAUAUUUAAAUGGUAUUCUGAAGAAUACUGAUGACUAUCUAGAAAUCCAUUGAUUUUAAAUGACAGCUUUUUAGUAAUAUAUGAAUAUAUGUAUAAAUAUAUUGUAGAUGCUUUCUUUUCUUUGAACAACAAAUGCACGUAAACGCAGUGGCGUUGUACCUCGCCAACUGACGGAAGUGGAUGGAAACAUAAAUGAACAACAAAUAUGAAUAAAACAUCUUGGAGACAG